AUGGAAGACCAACAACCUCAUGAGCCCAUUAAUAAACAAGAAAGUGAACCACUUUCUCCAAAAACUUUAGGUGUAGUUGAAAACGAGCCUAAUACCUCUGUAUCAGAGUUGAAUUUGGACAUUAUUAGGCUUGAGGAACGGUCAAGAGACGCGUCUUUUAACACAGAGAAUAUGGUUCCCGAAAAUACUGCUGACGACUCGCGAAAAGCAGUUAAUGAAGACACUCAUUACGAAAAUCAUUCAUAUCCUGUAUAUUCCUUUGAUUUUUCAAAACCUUGGGAACUUGUCUGCUCGACUAAAGAGAUUUACUGUGAAACGGUUCAUGAUACUCUUGGAAAACUAUUUCCAGAGACAUUGAAAGAUAAAUACAAUCAAAUAAAUGGAUGGGAAGAUAAUUUCUUUAAGAUGGCUAAAUGGUCACCCGAUGGAACAUAUACUUUUCGUCGUUUAACUGAAUUCGCUUUAAUCAGACCUUUGAAUGUAUUUGAGACUAUAGAAGAAAUUGCAUUAAACCCUGUAAUCCAGGCUCGAACCGGGGAGACAAUAUACGAUUGCUGUUGGUAUCCGAUGAUGUCUAGUCAAGAGCCCGAAACGUGUUGUUUUCUCUCUUCAAGUAGAGAUCAUCCUAUUCAUUUAUGGGAUGCCUUUUCUGGAAAGAUAAGAGCUUCAUAUACAAUAAUUGAUCAUCGUGAACAAAUUAUCGGCCCAAAUUCAUUGGCAUUUAAUUUAGAUGGCUCGAGGAUUUAUUGUGGUUAUAACAAUAUGAUUGAGAUAUUUGAUAGUAGUCGCCCAGGGCGAGGAGGAGAAAAACAUCCCACAACGCCAACGCGAAAGAGCAAGGAUGGUCAAAAGGCAUUUAAUCCCGAUUAUUCAGGAUUAUAUGCCGCAGGAUCAUAUUCAAGAACCGUUGGACUAUACGAUGAAAAAAAUAAUAAAUUACUGUACCUUUUAAGGGAUCUUUAUGGUGGCGUCACACAGAUUAAAUUUUCAUCGGAUGGUUAUUACCUAUUUUCAGCAUCUCGUCGAGACAAUUUCAUUCAUUGUUGGGAUAUUAGGAAUACCGGAGAUGUACUUUUUAAGCUUAACCGGAUUGGAGAUACUAAUCAACGGUUGAUGUUUGACAUUGAUGCUUCUGGAAGAUAUUUGAUUACUGGUGAUCAGAAUGGUAAGAUAUUGAUUUACAAUAUAUCUAACCCUACGGAAAAUAUAGAAGAUAUUUCACGAUUGAUUGUAGAAUUUUCAGCACACAAUGAUACGACUUCGGCGGCAGCAUUCCAUCCUACACUACCGUUAAUGGUCUCCUGCUCUGGACAACGAAAGUUCGAUACUGUUACAGAUAUGGUGAAUUAUAAUGCCAAUGCUUUCCAAGAAGGGAAAGAAGCGUCACUAAUAUCUCAAAGUCCGAUUAUAUCAUCCGGAAACGAUAAUAGGGAGAACAAAAAUCCAAAAUCUGAUAAUUCCCUCAAAAUAUGGAAAAUUGAACAAGUCUGUGAGUGGUAUUAUCCUACAUCUGCUGAAGCCGCUUGUGAUGUGUAA